AAUGCUUUCAGAUAUCAAACAAUUCGAGCAAGAACACAAAGAAGAAAUGAAACUUCUUUAAUAGAAGUAUGAGUAAAAGGUAUUCAAUUAAUACUAUUACCAUAAGAUAGACCUUUUAUCACAAAAAAUUGAAAUCUUAUAAAAAGAGUUAGAAGUCAAAGACAAUAUAUAUUCAGAUCUUAAAAAUAGAUCACUUCAAAAUAAUGAGGAGGUUAAAAUAUAAAAAACUGAAGAAGAUGGAGAUGUUGUUUAGGAUUUUGGAGCCACUAUUUAAAAAUUUCAUAAACAAAAAGAAAAAGAAUUAAUGAAAAUUAAAAAGAAUUAUUAAAAGGAAUUAAUUCAUAAUCAGAAGCUAUUAAGAAAAAAAGAUGCGACUAUAGAGUAACUUUAAUAAGAAAUUUCACAAUACAAAUAAGCAGCAUCUCAAAAUAUGGAUAAUCAGAAAAUUUUGCUGCUCUCAAAAUUAAUUGAUUUAGCAAAUGAAAUUAAUAAAUAACUCUGA